UCAACAUCAGUUCCUCCGGAGCGCAUGCAAGCUGACACGCGCUUUCAGUAGGUGGAGUCUCCAUGCUGACAGGCUAUUGAAGAGUAUCUUGAGAUUGUAGAAUGGUGAUUGACUAUCAAAUGUCCAAGAUAGGGGAAGAGACUCAAUUAGACUCCAAAUGCUGCCAGACUUCUGAUCUCGAACAACUUUUGUUUACUCGCACCCCCUCCCAAGAAAUUCUUUGAUCAAAUCAUCAACAAACCAUCGCGCGACCUCGUUUCCUUCUCCAAGAUCUUGACUCCAUGACGCGACAGUAGCUCACUGACAUGUCCGCCUCACCAUCACCUCGAAGCCGCAUUCCUAUCCGCACGUCGAGCUGUCCUGUUCCACCCAGCCCCCGUCAUUGGAGCGUCUUACACUCAACUCUGAUCACGAUACCGGAAGGCAUGAAGCAGAGCAGUGCGGAUGCUAUCCUCACAACAAUGCCGAGAGUCAGAUAUCCAGACCAUCUGUACGAAUCAACAAUCGACAAAGUUCUCCCGCAGCUCCCUCAACCAAAGAAACCAACCGAAAGCCUGCCCGAUCCCGAACUCGAGAUCACAACGCGCGCAUCCGAAACCACAUCAGAUCUCCUGAAUGAAUUCACACCUGAAUGCUCUUCUCAAAGCUCUGCUUCUCCGACUCCCGAGGACAAUUUCGUGACCAACGAUGAGGACAUAGCGAGAGAUUUGCUUGUAAGACAGAAGAUCUCUACUGAGACAGUCUCGCACGAGGAGGCUGCCUGGAGAGACUUCGAAACCCAAGACCAGAGGCUUACCAAGUGGUUCCUGUCAACAGAGCUCAAGAUCGCCAUGAACGAAAGCGGAGUUCAGAUCACCCAGAUCAACAUCACUCAGGCCAGACACGAAUGCCUUGUCUCACUUCUCAGAGACAUGGUAGAGAAUGACCCUCACGCACAGAGUCUGUACGGUCGUGCCAAAUACCAAAACCGAGCUCUCACCCAGAAGGCAUCCCAAUUGUCAAAUGCUAGCCGAUUUGUCCUGGAGCGUAACAGCGCUCUAAUUGACGAAUGCGAAUUCUAUCUGGACGCGGCCUCGAUGGAGCAACUCGAUGAAGAACACGAGAAGGCCUUCAAACACGCAAAAGAGAGCACGAUGUCUCAACACUCCACCCAUGCCUCCAAGGGGGAUGGGUUUCUCAAACAGUUCGAGAGCUCGAAGACCUUCAACCACAACGUGGGCACUGUCAUCGAGAAUCUCAACUACAUCAAUGGCUUGCUUUCCAUGCACGAAAGAUUCAUCGAAAACCAGGUUGAGAAGCUCAGAGCUGAUAUCGUUGCAACUAUAGCCGAGAAGGGCUCGAAUGCAAGUCUCUCCAGCCAGUUGCUGUGCUUCCGCCGGAUUUGAGGUCAAUCUUCUCGUGU